UAUCUUCGAAGCGAAAGCCGUGCGUUCGUCAGUCUCUGUUUAACCUCGGAGGUAUCCACACCAGCCGUGUUUAGUUUUGUAUCGUUCGGAUAAAACACUUAACUUAUCAACAUGUGUGACGACGAGGUUGCAGCUCUGGUUGUGGACAAUGGUUCCGGUAUGUGCAAGGCCGGUUUCGCCGGCGACGACGCGCCUAGAGCCGUCUUCCCCUCCAUCGUCGGCAGGCCCAGACAUCAGGGUGUGAUGGUCGGUAUGGGUCAGAAGGACAGCUACGUGGGAGAUGAAGCCCAGAGCAAGAGAGGUAUCCUCACCCUGAAGUACCCCAUUGAGCACGGUAUUGUCACCAACUGGGACGAUAUGGAGAAGAUCUGGCACCACACCUUCUACAACGAGCUCCGUGUGGCCCCCGAGGAACACCCCGUCCUCCUGACCGAGGCCCCACUGAACCCCAAGGCCAACAGGUAA